AUGCCAAAACGCAAGCGUGAACUUUUGAAUCAAUGUAAGGCGAGCCGCUCGCCAAAGGUACCGCGGGCUCUGAAGACAAAAAGUGAAGAGGAUCCUGUUUGCAUCUGGGUGCAGUGUGAGAGCGAACGCUGUAACAAAUGGCGACUUAUAUCAGCUGAGGAGGCUAAGGGACUGAAGGAAAGCAGCUCAUGGUACUGCUGGUUUAAUCGUGAUACUCGCUAUAACACAUGUUCAGCUGAAGAACAGAAGGUUAAAAAACCCAAGCAUAUGAAGUUCAUAUACAGUUUGCUACCCGAGGGGGAGGUGGUAACGGCUAAAAUGCACGGAUAUCCACCGUAAGUACUGCACCAUAUUUUUCAGUGUUCUCUCUCUGAUUAUGAACACUACCGUAUUUCCCCGAAUUAUAGCCGUCCCUCGAUUAAUCGCCCUCCCUUUGAUGAAAAUAAAGAAAUCGCCUCCCUGGAAUAAUCGCCCCCCUCUCCCACCCCUCUCGCCAUCUUCUCUUUAAAUUUCUUUCAUCCCCUCCCUGUCAAGUUAAAAAUUGAAUAGUUACAAAAGCACAGAUUUCGUUACAGUUUCCUCUAUGGUAAUGUUCAUGUAUUUCACUUUUUCCUUUAUUCCUUGCAUAGUGACUUUAAAAAUUAAUCAAGGAACUAAAAAUUUGGAACACUUUAUACACUGUUUUUUUUGUGACUAUUUUUUUUAAAUUUAAUGGGAUAAUAAAACAAAAGUAAUACUUAAAAUAAACGCCUCCCUCGAAUAAUGGACCCCUUUUGGUGCGAAAAGAAAAAAUCACGCCCGACUAUUAUUCAAGGAAAUACGGUAUGCUAAAAAUAACCGCUUUUAGAAAGUGCAAGCAUUUUGCCACCAUACAUAAAACAUCCUCCAAGAAAGUAUUCGCUAUUUUAAUUUUUUGCGUGCGAGCUGAAGCCUGUAACUAAUUAUGAAAACUAAUUAACCUAUGGAAUCCAAAAGCAAUGUUUCCCGCUCUCUUGCACUUUAUUGAAUUCACCUACAGGUUACCGUGACCCCUUUUUGGACCUAUGCUAUUCUUUUUUCCCAGUAAAUUAUCAACAAAUGCUGUGAUUUAUUUCUAUGAAUAAUUGCUUGUACCCAUUACUAUUCAUUUAAAUACCUGGAGAGAUCGAAUUACUCAUUCAUAUUUAUUGAUUACAAUCUAGUUGGCCAGGUCUCUUAACAAGGGAUCCAACCUGCGGAGAGUACUACGACGCACCGCUGAUCAAAGAAGACGAGGUAACGCAUUAUCACGUGGAGUUCUUUGGCCGACCUCGUUCUCGUGCGUGGCUAGUGCCAGCUCUCGUGCAUCCACUUCGCUCCAUCAAUGAGAUUGAGAAAACGCCCAAGUUUCGGAAAAUUCAGGGACGCCAACUUAUGGAACUUAGAAAAUCCUAUGAGUUCGCCCUUAAAGAAGCAUACAACUCGUUAAGCAAGACUACCGACCAGCGACUGGCAAGCUGUCAUUUUAAAUAUGUUGAGGGUUAGUUUAUUAGUGAUGGGUAUUGGGUCAAUAAUCUCUCCUUUCAGUCUCAGUGGUUGGCAUUACUCUAGUGAUAAACCAGGGUCUAGAAGGGUAUUCUCCAGGGCCCAGUUCCUAAAAAGGCCCAUCAGGGUUAAUCCAGAAUUAAAAUUUGUUCCGUUUUUGUAUUUUACGUUCCUGUGCAUUGCUUAGGGUAACAUUUUGUGUUAUCAUUACUGUUUCUCGGAGUAAAGGCUCAACGGUAUUUUGUAACCUCGAGUUGCUUGUUCUUAGACGAGAAAACCGUGCUUGAAAUUUGGCUUAAUCCUGGGUUAAACUUAACCAUCUUUCGAGGAACACGAAACGCAAAUACGGGAUCGUGGCACGAAAUGAGGUAUUGGGAAAGAAAACGGUGUUCGGGAUAGAGAUGACAGAACUACGGGAUACGGGAUCUUAGCACGGGAUACGGUAUUGGGAAAGAAAACGGUGUUCGGGAUAGAGAUGACAGAACUACGGGAUACGGGAUCUUAGCACGGGAUACGGUGUUGGGAAAGAAAACGGUGUUCGGGAUAGAGAUGACAGAACUACGGGAUACGGGAUCUUAGCACGGGAUACGGUAUUGGGAAAGAAAACGGUGUUCGGGAUAGAGAUGACAGAAGUACGGGAUACGGGAUCUUAGCACGGGAUACGGUAUUGGGAAAGAAAACGGUGUUCGGGAUAGAGAUGACAGAACUACGGGAUACGGGAUCUUAGCACGGGAUACGGUAUUGGGAAAGAAAACGGUGUUCGGGAUAGAGAUGACAGAACUACGGGAUACGGGAUCUUAGCACGGGAUACGGUAUUGGGAAAGAAAACGGUGUUCGGGAUAGAGAUGACAGAAGUACGGGAUACGGGAUCUUAGCACGGGAUACGGUAUUGGGAAAGAAAACAGUGUUCGGGAUUGUUAUGACAGAAGUACGGGACACGGGAUUGCCGGGAUAAAGGAGCGGGAAUGCGAGAUCAGGAACCCCAUUCCAGACCUUG